AUGUCUGGAGGCUGGAACCCGGUUACCGGCCGCGACACCCAGGGUGGACAGCCUCCUUUUUCACCAAUGAGGUAUACCGGCUAUGCCCAAGUCUGGGGUCCAUGUGUUUAUAACAUGCAUCAGCAACCAUGGUACCCGGUGUACCCCAACGGUGCGGGCAACAUGCAUGCACGCCAGCCGCAACCAGCUCCCUACUCCGAUACCAGCAUGCCAGCAGCGCAGAUGACCAACUCGUCUGGAGGCACAGGCUGCGAGCCGGGGUACAAUUACUUCUUCCCCGCGGAGCACACAAAGUGCCACGUUUUCCGGUCCAGCACCCCCCCCUGGCAGCUUCCCCCGGGCGCGCAGAUCCAGUUCAAGGCUGCGCAUGUGCCGUGCUCCGUGACGGUGGCCGAACUCCUCAAGGGUUUCGGGUGCGACAGCCCCGAUCCGAAGAAGAAUAGAUGCUAUGAGAUUGUGGCCGGUAGCAACGGUGCAUGGUACAAGGGUAUCAGCUUCACCGGCGCCGAUAAGGACAUGCUCAAGAAGGCGAUCAAGGAGCUUGGCUGGGAUGCGACGAGGACGGGAUUUCCCGGGAAGAAACCGGUCGUCUGUCUUUGGUUUUGCAAGGAUUGA